CGGAGUGAUUUACAACAGAACACAGCAUCCUCUCACAUCACAUGCAGGCUCUUAUUUGUCAGUGCAUAUGUAGAUCAGAUAUCGUUAAGCGUUCCUAACAUUAGCAGGAAUACAUAUCUUAUUAAAUUGUCAAAAAAAAAAACGAUGGGUGGUUGCUGGCGACAGCUGUGUUUGCUGUCUUGAACACACCCCGCUGAGUGCCUGGUAUAUUGUUCAAGGGGAAUAAUGGCUGCACAGGAGCCGCCAUCUCCACCAUCUUCCCUGGAAGGAAACAAGCCGGGCUUCCCAAAGAAAAUCCUGGCCAACAACCUGGAAGACAAGCAUCUGUGCAACUGGUGCCAGAAAGUGCUGAGGAGGCCCCUGCAGGCUCAGUGUGGUCACCGCUUUUGUUCCUUCUGUUUUAACAACACUGUGAGCUCUGGACCACAGAAAUGCAAUGCGUGCAUCAAAGAAGACUUGUUUGAGGAACCCACCUCCAUUCUCAAGCAAGGCGGUGCUUUCCCUGACAAUGCAGCUCGGAGAGAAGUGGAGGCCUUGGCAGCUGUCUGUCCCAACGAGGGAUGCACGUGGACGGGAACCAUCAAAGAGUUUGAGGCCAGCCACGAGGGCCACUGUGACUUCAUGAUCAUCCUGUGUCCCUCCUGCAAAGAGCUGAUGAGAGCCAACGAGCAGGAGCGCCACAACGAGAGGGAGUGUCCAGAAAGGACGCUCAACUGCAAAUACUGCAAAGAACCCUUCCUGCUGAAGAACAUCAAGGCUCACGAUGAAAUCUGUCCAAAGUACCCGAUGAUUUGUGAGGGUUGUGCAAAAAAAAAGAUCCCCAGAGAAAAGUAUGUGGACCAUAUUAAGUUCUGCAGUAAAUUUAAAGCACCAUGCAGAUUUCAUGUUGUUGGCUGCGAUACGUCUGUGGAGAAAGAGAGGAUCCAUGACCAUGAGCGCCAGUGUUCCUAUGAACACCUCAACCUGCUGCUGCAUUUCAUCAUGGGCAUCAAGGUGAGCCUGGAGAGCGUGCAGCCCCAGAGCCUGGAGGUGGCGGGUCAGCGGCUGCAGGAGCUGCACCAGUCCCUCAGGGAGCUGGAGCUGAAGAUGAGCCAGCUGGGCCGCGGCGCAGCACCUCCCGUGCAGGGGGCCGGCGCUCCCACCCUGGCCACCUCCUUCACGCCGCUGCCCAGUGCCGCCGCCGCCGCACUGGAGCUGCAGCUGCACAGCGAGAAGACCAAGGUGGCCGAGCUGAGCCGGCGCUGCCAGGAGCUGGAGCUGAAAGUCGGCACGUUCGAGAACAUUGUCUGCGUGCUCAACCGAGAGAUGGAGCGCUCGUGCACCACCAUGGAGGCCUACAACCGCCAGCACCGGCUGGACCAGGACAAGAUCGAGAUCCUCAACAACAAGGUCCGUCAGCUGGAGAGGACGGUGAGUCUGAGGGACCUGUCCAUCGUGGAGAUGGAGGGGAAAAUGAGGGAGAUGUCUGCCGCCACAUACGACGGCAUCUUUGUCUGGAAGAUCUCUGAUUUCACCAAGAAGAGGCAGGAUGCCGUGGCGGGCCGUGCUCCCGCCAUGUUCUCCCCUGCCUUUUAUACCAGUAAAUACGGCUACAAGAUGUGCCUGCGGAUCUACCUGAAUGGCGACGGGACGGGCCGCGGCACCCACCUGUCUCUGUUCUUCGUGGUGAUGAGAGGACACAGCGACGCACUGCUCAAGUGGCCUUUCAAUCAGAAGGUCACCCUCAUGCUGCUGGACCAGAACAACAGGGAGCACAUCAUCGAUGCGUUCCGGCCCGACGUCUCGUCCUCGUCCUUCCAGAGGCCAGUCAGCGAUAUGAACAUCGCCAGCGGCUGCCCGCUCUUCUGUCCGCUCUCCAAGCUGGACUCUAAGAACUCGUACAUCCGCGACGACACCAUCUUCAUCAAGGCCAUCGUAGACCUCACUGGGCUCUAGCUUUGAACCGACCUACUUUUUACAGAAAAAGAAGUGCCUGUACCUUUUUUAUGUUCCUUGAGCCCACUCAGUUGUGGAUGUACCAUCCUGUCAGUUUAAGCCUACCAAGAUGUGAACCUUUUGAUUUUGUGCAGUGUAUUUUUAAUAUGACUUUUUUCUUUUAUUGUUGUCCUUUAUAAGCUCCCACCCCCCUGUUCCUUACAUUUUUAUGGUAUGAAAAUCUAAGUGACUAAGAAUGUUUCCCUUUGCAUACAUACAACUAGUGAUUGUUACAGUUUUACUUUCUGUAAUCAUAACUUCAAUGAGGUCAGAAUAUCUUUAUCUUUUAUCCAAACAUCCAGCGUGUUUUUAAACCUCUCAACGAUACUGAAGGCUCUCUGUGCAUGAGAUGUUUCAGUAGGAAAAAUGCAUAUAUAUCAAACACUGGUUCAUGUUGGAGACCAGCAUUUUAUUUCUUAUGAUUUUAGGUUCAAUAUAUACGGCACACGAGCGUGUGAUGCUACUGUAUAGAGUUUGAGGAGACGUGUGCUGCUGUGAAAACCAUAUCUGAUUAAUAUAUAGAAACAAGUGAUGGUGCGUGUUGAGAUGGUUUAAAAGCAUGUUGGCUGUGUGUGUAAGGGGAUGCAGUCUGACGUCCGGAGGGCUCCAGUCGUCCCUUCUUUCCUCUUCACAGUAUGUUGCUGUUGCACAUUGUGUACACUGCCGUUUGCAUGGAUGACCAUUAGGCCAUUAGUUGGGCCCUAUGUGCUGCUUCCAGCUCUGGAUGGAUGUUCUUAACUUGCUCUCUCUGUAAAAUGUGUUACCUGAUGUGGGCGAGACUUCUUUAUUAUUCACAGCUGGUGAACAUAACAAAAGGGCUUCACAUUUCAUUUCCAUCUGCUAAAUGUCACAUAAAGGCAAACUAACGGAUGUGUCUGUAGCUCGAUCUGUUGAUCGGAUGUGACAGAAUCUUCUCUAUUUGAGCUGGAUGAUGUUAUGCUGCAUCAGCGAUAUGGACUUCUAGGAAAUGCCACACUGCCUCACUGUUACUGCAACAGAAUGAACAAUAUGUCAAUGUGAUGCACGUGUGUUCAAAUGACAGUCAAACUGAAACAGCUCAGUUUGAUUUAUUUACAUAUCUAUUGAAUGGAUCUCUGUAAAGCCCAUGUUGAGAUUAAGAUGAGGAGCGAUGACAUCAAACUGCAAUCUACCUGUUGUCUCUGCUACGUUGUUUGGACAGUAACUGUGUGUUAGUGAACUCUUUGUACUACUGGACAUUUGUUCCAUUUGUAUUUACUUUUGUUUCAUUAAAGGUUUUAAGAUGCCCUCUA